UUUUAUUCAGUUUAUAUCCGUCCUUCUCUCGUAGAAAGCAAACGGACGUAUCUGUCGUUUACAGAUCUUUCAACUGAAAAUACGCUUUGUAUUAUCUUUUAAAACUUUGAAAUACAUCUUGCCAUCGUUUUAACCAAGAUUUUCCGAGGAGGCAGCAUGUUGCAAGAACAUUUUCUGACAGUUUUGUUGGGCACAGUGCUGUCGAUGACGCUGUCCUGCUCUGGAGUUGAUCCUGAACGCUCGGGAAACAUUCCAGCCACUUGGAACGUAGUCCCAUCAUUGGAAACCGUGCAGAAAGUUACGGCGGAUCACGUUUCCAGUCCGAAAACGGAAGUGACCGGUAUCGACAAAGGUUUGCAAAUCUCAGACACAAAAGUGUCGACAAAGAUCGUCGAACGAACGAGCCUCGCGGAAGCACCGCGCGAGAGAAGAUUCGAUUUUACGAUGGAGAAUAUUGGGAAUGAUGCUCGAUUCCCGAAAAUCAAGGACGCCGAUUUUGUAAAAGAAAUGACUAUCGAAACUGUCAGUCCUCUUCCGAAAAAUGUCAUUCUGAUCAUCGCUGAAUCGGGCCAAAAUCACGAGGAUUUCUGGAAGAAUUUCAAGACUUCGCACGUGUUCUCUGUUGAAGGAAUGCUUCAGAGUUGUAACAGUGGCCAGGAAGACAAGGCAAGAUUUUCCUUGAACGACGGGCUAAUCUCUGGCAAUAGGGACAAGAAACACGAUUGCGAGCAUCUUCUACGUUCAAACAUUGCAUCGCUGUUACUUUGGACUCGAGAUGUUAAGGGAAUGACUACAGGAACAUUAUCGAACGCGAAUUUCACCAUUCCAUCGCUGUUUGGGUUUGAAGAGUCAGUAGGACUUUCGAGAGAGUUCGAUGAAAUUGACGAGAAAAAUGUGAAACCGGAAGUUCGUAAAGUCAGGCCGGAGGCUCGCAGCGACUGGCACGUUAUCGACUUAGGGAAACCGACUAAUCGCGUUUCCUCCUUGAUGGCCGCACAAAAUACUCGAGAAGACGAUGAAGCUGCGUGGAACGUGUUCGAUAUGUUCUCGAAAAUAAGGCUGGUUCUGUUUCGAUCGUUGCUGGAAUCUCUCGGUAGAAGCGUCGCUUCCUCGGAGGAUGCUACUCCUUCGCGGAAAUCGCAUCUUCUUCGAUCCAAUUUGCUGGACAUGCUCGAGGAACUGACGUCCGUUGAAAACGAGAAAGGUUUCGUAUUGGUCGCUUCGGUCCUUGCCAGCGAACUCGAUUCCCCUUUGGAGUUUCUACAGCGCGAAGCAUCGCAGGAUACGCUUCUCGUGGUGAUUGAAACUUGUCCACACGAUGGCAAACCCGUGCCAUUCUUCGCCCAAGGUCCUUCCGCCAAAGUGCUUCGCGAAGCAACGACAAUUUGGGACGUUCCAACUGCCAUUAGACACAUCAUUGCUAGCUGGUGUCAGGACCCGAGCUGCAGAAAUCGCCGACGCGACGUUAUUUCAUCGCCGAUUACUCCGUUGAAGAUCAUCCCACGUAACGUGGCCGUAUUGAGAAGAACGUCUCGGGACACUGCUAGAAAAUCGGAUGACGGCAACAAGACUGAUACUCCAAAUAUUAAGAACGAGAUUGUUAAAGAUGUGUCGACUUGAAUGCUAAGGAAGAGACGAAACAAAGCAAGGAACCACGAAAUUCAAGUACGAAUUCAGCAAAUCUUGCAGAGAAAUUCACCACGAUCUUUGGCAUUGUCGUCUCAAUGAUUGG